AUGGUCAACAUUCAAACUGUCUCUACUGAACCCUACGAAGGUCAAAAGCCUGGUACCUCAGGCCUUAGAAAACGUGUCAAGGUUUUCCAACAAAAAAACUAUACCGAGAACUUCAUUCAAGCUAUUCUUGAAUCUAUUCCCGAAGCUGAUGGUGGUGCUUCUGGUGCUACUCUCGUUGUAGGUGGUGAUGGUCGUUAUUAUUCUGAUGAAGUCCUUCAAGUGAUUGUUAAGUGUAGUUUGGGUCAAGGUGUUGGUAAGUUAAUUGUGGGCCGUAAUGGUAUUGUCUCUACUCCUGCUGUCUCCAACUUGAUUCGUAAGUACAAGGCUACUGGUGGUAUUCUCUUGACUGCCUCCCAUAACCCUGGUGGUCCUGAUAACGAUUUUGGUAUCAAAUAUAACUGCUCCAAUGGUGGCCCUGCUCCUGAAUCUGUGACCAACCAGAUUUAUGAAAAGUCCAAGGUUAUCAAGGAACUCAAGUUGGGUGAAGCUCCUAAAGUAGAUUUCUCUCAAUUGGGCACUCAAAAGAUUGGUUCCUUGACAAUUGAAAUUAUUGAUGGUGUCCAAGAUUAUGUUGAAUUGAUGAAGACUAUCUUUGACUUUGAUGCUAUCAAGGCCUUUUUUGCCAAUAACAAGGAUUUCAAGAUGUUGUUUGAUGGUAUGAAUGGUGUCACUGGUCCUUAUGGCUACCGUCUCUUUGUCGAAGAAUUUGGCCUUCCUGAAUCUAGCGUGAUGCGUUAUGUUCCCAAGCCUGAUUUUGGUGGUGCUCACCCUGAUCCCAACCUGACUUAUGCUCAUGACUUGGUAGAAGCUGUCAAGGAAAAGGGUUACGACUUUGGUGCUGCUUCUGAUGGUGAUGGUGACCGUAACAUGAUUAUUGGUAAGGAUGCCUUUGUUACUCCUUCAGACAGCGUUGCUAUCAUUGCUCAUUAUGCCAAAGAUGCUAUUCCUUAUUUCAAGAAGAAUGGCGUCAAUGGUUUGGCUCGUUCCAUGCCUACUUCUCAAGCCGUUGAUUUGGUUGCCAAAAAGAUGGGUGUUGAGCACUUUGAAGUGCCCACUGGUUGGAAGUUCUUUGGUAAUCUCAUGGACGCUGGUCGUUGUUCUAUCUGUGGUGAAGAAUCUUUUGGUACUGGUUCCGAUCAUAUUCGUGAAAAAGAUGGUGUUUGGGCUAUUUUAGCUUGGUUGAGUAUCAUUGCUCAUGUCAAUAAGACCAAGAAGGCUGGUGUUCAAGAUAUCCUUCAAGACCAUUACAUGACAUAUGGUCGUAAUUUCUUUAGUCGUUAUGACUAUGAAGAAGUUGAAAGCCAAGGUGCUGAAGAUAUGGUCAAGAGACUUGGUGAGUUGAUUGAAAAGAAGGAAUUGGAAAACAAGACAUUUGGUCAAUUCACUAUUGCAAAAGCUGAUGAUUUUGAAUACUUGGAUCCUAUUGAUGGCAGUGUCUCUAAGCAUCAAGGUAUCCGUAUUAUCUUCAAAGAUGGCUCCCGCAUCAUUAUUCGUUUGUCUGGUACUGGCUCUCAAGGUGCUACCGUCCGUCUCUAUGUUGAAAAGUAUUCUAGCGAUCCCUCUGAGUAUGUCAAGGAUGCUCAAGUUGGUUUAAGACCUUUGAUUGACGUUGCUUUGGAAUUGUCUCAACUUGAAAAGUUCACUGGUCGUAAAGAACCCACUGUUAUCACAUAA